AUUAUUAUUAUGGGAAAUGCGGUGUUGGUAAUUCUUUUAAAAAGCAGUUUAAAACUUUGACUCGGACUCUCCCUUUCGGUUUUGUAGCCGCAGCCGAUUCAAAUCCAGACGAGCAGGUUUUUCUUUUCUUUUCUUUUUUUUUUUUUCCUCCCGACGCCGGGCAAGAUGGCGGCGGUAGCGCCGAGAUGGAGUAGCCGCUCAGCUUGAGCAGUUUUUAGACAAAAAUAGCUGAAAUAUUUAACUUAAAUCUGAAAAUAGCGCGCUUUUUGUUUGGACCUUUCAACUUUCGCUAAGUUUUGAUAUUUUCUAUCAGAAUGUUCCAAGUCUAGUUAUCUUUUACAGCAAGCAAACAAGACAGAAAGUAUAAUGGGAGAGAAGCUAGAACUGAAGCUCAAGUCGCCGGUUGGAGCCGAAGCUGCGGGAUAUCCGUGGCCAUUACCAGUAUAUGAUAAACAUCAUGAUGCUGCACAUGAAAUUAUUGAAACCAUACGUUGGGUGUGUGAGGAGAUCCCUGACCUUAAGCUGGCGAUGGAGAAUUACGUGCUCAUUGACUACGACACAAAAAGUUUUGAGAGUAUGCAGAGACUAUGUGACAAGUACAACAGAGCUAUUGACAGCAUUCACCAGCUGUGGAAAGGUACAACUCAGCCAAUGAAACUGAAUAAAAGGCCUUCAAAUGGCCUGCUUCGCCACAUCCUGCAGCAAGUCUACAAUCACUCUGUAACUGAUCCAGAGAAGCUAAACAACUAUGAGCCCUUCUCUCCAGAGGUGUAUGGAGAGACUUCAUUUGACCUGGUGGCUCAGAUCAUUGAUGAGAUUGAGAUGAUGGAGGAGGACACUUUUGUGGACCUGGGCAGCGGCGUUGGCCAGGUGGUCCUGCAGGUUGCUGCAGCUACUAACUGUAAGCACUACUACGGUGUAGAGAAGGCCGAGAUUCCAGCCACGUACGCAGAGGCAAUGGACAGGGAAUUCAAGAGGUGGAUGAAGUGGUACGGGAAAAAGCAUGGCGAGUAUACACUGGAGAGAGGAGAUUUUCUGUCAGAAGACUGGAGAGAAAGGAUAGCAAACACAAGUGUUAUUUUUGUGAAUAACUUUGCCUUUGGUCCAGAGGUGGAUCACCAGCUGAAGGAACGAUUUGCCAACAUGAAGGAAGGUGGAAAAAUUGUAUCCUCAAAACCUUUUGCACCUCUCAAUUUUAGAAUCAACAGUCGAAACUUGAGUGAUAUUGGCACAAUAAUGCGUGUUGUUGAACUUUCUCCGCUGAGAGGCUCAGUGUCAUGGACAGGGAAGCCAGUUUCCUACUAUCUGCAUACAAUAGACCGUACCAUACUUGAAAACUAUUUUUCUAGUCUUAAAAAUCCUAAACUCAGGGAGGAGCAGGAAGCAGUGAAACGGCGUCAACAGAAGGAGACCAAGGACAGUAAAAGCAGCAGCACCACCCCAACCAAGCCAAAGGAGCACAAGGAGUCAGGUGGUGAGGAGGAGGCCUUAGGGGCACUGGUACCUGUGAAGUCGUCACCUAAACCUCGUCGUGCCAAGCUACUGGCCAAGGGCCGCAAGCUGGGCAACAGGAAACGUGGGCGGCCCAAGAAGUCCAUCAUAGCAGCAGCCACCGAACGCAAGACCAAGAAGAGUCAGAGUGCCCUAGACCUGCUUCAUGCCAAGACCGUCUCAGCAGCGCCUCCUCAGGAUGCAUACAAAUCGCCUCAAAGCCCCUACUACCAGCUACCUCCUAAAGUUCAGCAUUACACAGCUGGCCAGCUGCUGCUCGGCUCCAUGCCUGCGGGCCUGCAGACUCUCCUCGAUAAUUUCAAAGUCCAGUACAUGCAGCUCUUGACCUAUAUGAAGACACCACAGUACCACACGAACAUACAGCAAGCUCUGGAGCAAGAGAGGCUCAGACACACUGAAUUGUCAGGUCAAGCCCAGCGACUGAUGAACGCCUGUCAUGCUCACAAGGAGAGGAUCAGGGACCUUUUUCAGGCCAAACUAGAGGAGCUGGGAGUAAAGGCAGUUACAGUGGAGGACCUGGUGCAGGCUCAGAAAGAGAUCAUGGCCCAUAAUAUGCAGCUGAAAGAGCAGACCAAGCAGCUGGAGAGAGACAUGGCUGAGCUUAAAGACCAGAGCCUGCGACUGCUGAAGGCUCGCUGUGAGGAACUGAAGCUAGACUGGGGGUCUCUGUGUCUCGAGACCCUGUUAAAGGAAAAGGCUGCUCUGCGUAGACAGAUCUCUGAGAAACAGCGCCACUGCCUAGAACUUCAGAUUAGCAUUGUGGAGCUGGAGAAAAGCCAAAGACAGCAGGAGCUACUACAGCUCAAGUCCUCCUACAGCCCAUGUAAAGACUCUCCAUACCGCAAGAACAUCCCAAGUCUCGAGCCCCGGCCGCCACUAGACACUAACACCCCCAAACUGGCUGAACUGAAUGGCCUUAGCCCUGAGCUGUCUAUGAAUGGCACAGCAUCUCCUAGCUAUGAGCGUGGGGGCAGCGUCAACUGCUUCAAUGGCAAGAAUGAGCUGCUCUCCCACUACCUGCCAAUCUCCCCCGAGCACGAGAUUGUGCCGCCCACCCCUGAGCCUCGGAGCAGGCCUCUAGGGCAGCCCCUGCCCGACUACACGCGCUUUUCUCCAGCUAAGAUUGCCCUGCGCAGGCACCUCAACCAGGACUCCUCUAUAGGCCAGGCCAGAGCGUUCAGCACCAUCCACAGGGGUGACGGUGUUGUGUCAUCUCCAAGCUUGAAACAGGGCUGCUCUUCACCAAGCGCAGCUGAAAAUCAACAACCAAACACACUCAAGAGCGCAGAGAAGGUGAAUAAGGAAAAGAGCCCAGCUGGACCAGGUGACAGUAUAACCAGUCUCCCAAUCAGCAUCCCUCUCAGCACGGUACACCCCAGCAAACUUCCUGUCAGCAUCCCACUGGCCAGCGUGGUGCUGCCCAGUCGGGCCGAGAGACUGAGGAAUACACCCAGUCCUAUGUCCAGUAGGGAGCAUUCAGCAGGGCAAAGCAACACCAAUAAGCAACCUCUGACCCCUAACUCGGGGUUGGUGAACGGCUCCCACUCUGCUGUAUGUGAUCAAGACUGCGACUCCAUGUCUCCUCCACCCCACAGCAACCCCCUGCUGGGUCUUCAGUCACAUGGCUCUUGCUCCAGCCCUCUGCUGAGCACUGGAGGAGUGCUGCAGUAUGCAGACAGACCUCCCCGUCUUCCUGAUGAGGGUCACCAGCAUCACGGACUCGAAUCUGAUCCUGAGAUUCUAGACAGUGAGGCUCGCCGCCACAUGUUCUUCUCUUCCUCCUCCUCUUCGUCGUCGUCCUCCUCCUCUGCUGGAGGCUCGCACCCGCAUCGUGGAUCAGUCAAGCAGGGGAAGCACCACAGCAGUCACCACCACCACCAUCACCACUCGCCAGGCUCUCACGGGUCGGAGGGACGCAAGAGAGGCCGGCGGAAACGCAGCUCCUCUAGCCUCGUUCCAGCAGGUGGUUCCCCAAAAAAACGAUCAUUCCCUGGGAUUAACUACUCCUCAGGUUCUCCACUUAAUAUAAACACCAUGGUGAAUAACAUUAAUCAGCCUCUGGAGAUUUCGGCCAUAUCCUCUCCGGAGCAGACAGGCGGCAGCCCAUGUGAGACUGACCUGGACCAGCCACCUGUACUUAAGAGAGAACGCCCUCUGGAGAUGAAUGGCUCCAGCCAUGACUUAUCCCCCCCUAGCUCGGAGGAUGAAGAAACUGGAUAUCCAGCAGACAGCAGCUCUUUACGAAUUGAAAGGAAAAUCGCGACAAUUUCUCUGGAGAGCCGAGAUGGUGAGAGGGGUUCACAGGGCCGUAAAUCGGGGGCCAGUAGUGUGAGUAGCGACACCUCCUCUUCUUCCAGCAAAUGGAAGUCCACCUUCUCACCCAUCUCUGACCCCAAGCCCACUCCUCCAGAGCUCCGGCAGAGCAACUCCCCUUUCUGUGGCGGCAUGUCUUGUGGCCCAGACUCUGACUCUGAGCAGAAACCGCAAAAGAGAGCAGACCGGGACCGCAGUGAGCAUUAUGGGAACCCUAAACCCUUUCUAGGUCUAGACAAAGCACGAGAAUCCUUUCCUAAGCAAAAGGCACGGGAGUGGGAGCUAAAGGCCAUCGGUAGUCUGACCAGCCAGAACCUCUUCAUCUCUGCUGCAGCUGGUGGAGGCCUCCUGUGUGGAAAAGCAGGUCGAGCCACUGCGGUUUCUUCUGCCUCUUCUGUGGGACAGUAUUUCCCUCUCGGCGGAACCUCAGUCUUACAGUCCUUAUUUGGAGCGCAGGCUCCUAACCCGGCCUCCAGCGGACAUCCACGUUUGGUUAAUGGUCACUCCGUGCUGGGCAGCUUUUCUAGUGCUGGAUUGGCAGGGGGUGCUGCAGGAGGGAUUUUUCACCACAUGACGCCUUCAGUGUCCUCUCAACAGUCUGCGCCCCCCAGUUCCCAGCACAGCCACUCUUCCUCGCAGCAGAGGAAUCUGGACUCCAAAGCCGGGGCCUUGUUCCUGGCCCAAUAUGGCCGCACGCAGACUGUCCUGCACGCACCUUCCCCUCCCGCACUUUCGCUACCUCCCCCUCCUCCCCUUCUCUACACUUCCUCCUCCUCCUCCGCUCCUCUCCAGCCUUCCCCGCCAUGCUCGGAGAGGAAGCAAUCUGUUUCCCUCCAAACACUACAUGUUCCCCCUGCCUCCUCUUCAUCCCCCACUCCUGCUCCUGUCACUUGUAUAUCAACCACUCCUGCUGCCUCCUCUUUGUCGCGCCCCUUUACACUGCCCUACCUGCCUUCUUCAAGCAGCAGCAGCAGCAGCGGAGGCAGCAGCAGUGGGUUGGUGAGCUCCUGGAGAACUCUGGGUAUGCAGGUUCCCUAUGCUGCUCGGCCCAGAUAGCGGUGCCAUGAGCAGAAACCGGGAGGGAGGGAGGGAAGGCAGAACUUUGGGGUAAUUUAUUAUUAGGAGCUGCUGUAUGGUACCUGCCAAGCUUGUGCCUCAGUCUGAACAAGGUAUGUGCUUUGCUUUUGUGUGUUCAAGCUGCUCAUCAGAUAUUUGCAUGUUCCUGCUGUAUGCAUGUGUGUAAUAGCAUGUUCAUUUAUUAGUGAGUACCUUCUCAUGUGCCAUUUAUCAUUACAGGUAACUGAAGCAAUCUACCUCAACCCAGUGCAAUCUAUGCAAUGGACAGGUGUAGACCAAUGGGCUCUUCCUCACUGGUGCUCCGAUUUUCGCUAAAGCCACCCGAAUGUGUCAGAACUUGACACCAGUGCAUCUGAAUACACAUGCAGAAACACAUGCAUGUAUACACACGAACAGGUCAGGACCACUCAUAAACUUGUGCUCUUGUCUGGUUAAAGUUGUAAAAGGAGGCACUAACAAAUAAAUAUCCCAUAAUUAAUUAACUGUGUAUUUAAACAAUGCCUCUAAAUUCUAAACAUCAGUGAUGAUUUUUGUGCAAAAUUUGGGAUCUGAAAGGAAAAAAAAAAAAAGAAGAUUUAUUACCUUUGUUUGUUUGUUUGUUUGUUUGUUUGGUUUUUGGGUUGUUUUUUUUUUUUUUUUUUUUUGAAGUCCAGUAAAACAAGGCAUCAGCUGAGCGAGAACCUAAAUUAUUGAACAUUCGCUCGAUGCUGAAGCUCAGCACUGUGUUAGCCUUUAACAUUGCCUGGAAUACUACAACACCUUCUUUAGAGGUAAAUGUGGGAAUAUAGACUUGAACAUGGAAAUGGGAUUGCAAAAAAGUUACACUUCCUUAAAGGCAUCAUGAAUCAUUCUGACUUAAAUUAUUUGAAACUGAAGCAUUUGUUGCAUACAUACCUAUAUAUUCCUUUACAUUUACACUGGAUAGAAGACUUCACUACAAACAACUUGCCUGAUAAUUGAGUAAACUCAAUUACUUUGUUGUUUUAGGUUACGUACAUUCGAUUUUUUUUUUUUUAUAUAUUAUAUAUAUAAUAUGAAAAUUCUCUUAACUCAUUAACACACACAGUGGCUGAAGCACAAAAUUCAUAUUAUUAUUAUUAUUAAACGUAUUACCAAGAGCCUGUGUGUGGAAAAUAUCAAAUAAAAUUUGGCUUUUAAAGAGAAACAUUAAUGUAAAAUAUGCUAUAUCUUUUUGUUUUUUUUUUAAUAAUUAUUUAAGAUUUUUCUAAAUGAUGCCUACACAUGUAAAGUUGGAGCUCAGCGUUGGACAUGAUUUAAUCAAUUCAGGUGAAUUUUUUUUUUUUUUUUUCCAAGACAAAUAAAGAUUAGUGGUGCUGAUAACACUUCUGCUCAGAAAGGUGCUAGUAUCUGCUUUUGAAUGAUGCACACCAUUAACGUUGUGGUGCUCUCUGCAAGUAGGAAAAACACGCAUGAUUGGGGGAAAAAAAUCUUCAAACACUGGUAAAAUAUAACAUGGCAAAAAAAAAAAAAAAAUCUACUGUGCAACUGCAGCUUGGGGUUUUUUUGUUGUUUUUUUUUUUUUAAAUAAUUAAGACGUUUUUGUACUGUGAAUGGAAGUAACUCUCAAUGUGUAAUUGUAUAUAAUUUCGAAUAUUUAUCAUUUCUGUUGUGAUUGUUUUGUUCAUUUUGUGUUAACGUACUGCAUAAUUAGUGCAACUUGUGUGUACAUGACUUAUAAAAAAAAAAAAAAAAAAAAAAAACAUGGUGCUACAAUCUUAACUCUGGACUGUGCCUAUUUAUAUUAAGAACAUCAAAUAAGAGACCGAUUCUGGGUGCUUCUGUUGACAGGGACCUCGCAUUAUGUAGCACCAAGUGGAAAGCAAUCAGACGCUGCAUAGAACCGAAGCGUUUUUAACUGAAUUCUUACUUGAUCUAGACUUUAAAGUGGGGAUCUGUCUCCACUGGUGCUGGCAUUUGGCGCUCUCGCAGCCAAAGCCUUCUGUCCACCCUGUUUUGGGUGCUAAGAGCUUUUCCGCAGGGUGAAAAAUCAUCUUUCUUAGGCACACCGUAUGCUAGGGGUGGGCGAUAUGACCAAAACGUAUCAUGAUUCUCAAAAGUAUUUCUACAAUACACGAUAUACAGCAAGUGGAUAAGCAUUUUUUGUGUGUUAUUUAAAACGGGGCAUGCAUAUCCACUUCAGCUUUACACACAAUGUCUUUUGUCUUUUAUACCUAUAAAUAUGAACAAAAGAAGCAUGUAUUCAUAAGCAUAAACAAAGAAAUAUGUUUAGAAAUUAAACUGAUAGGCUGAAAAAUAUUUGGGCACUUCAAAUUACCAACAUUAAUACUUGUUUAAGUAAGAAAUCAUUUGCUUUUUGCAGAAUUGUGGUUAAAUUUUGGCGCAUUCCUUUUGGCAAAUUGUCUUCAGUUCCCCAAGGUUACAAGUUGUCCUCCAAUGGACUCGCAUUUUCAUAAUACUCCAUAAAGGUUCAGUGGCAUUCAAGUCAGUACACCACUUGAUUGAUUUAAAAUAGAGCAAAUUUCCACAAUUCCUCAGAAAAUUGUGGCAGUUUUAUCAUGAUCUCGAUAUUACAUAAUCAUAUUGCCCAGUCCUACUUUAAGUGUGCAGAGACUGUUAUUGGUGCUGUGGGAACACUCAAAUCCAACUUUUGUUUUUGUGAAUCUGUUUCUGCUUAGUCCAUACGAAAACGAGCACCUAUCCCAGGACACUGUAGCAGCUCUCUUAACAUUCCAGAGUGUGAGCCUGUCGUCUGAUGUGAGGGAUGGGAGAAUCAGAAAUUUAAAAUCUAGUAUAUUUAGAAAAGGGGUUGGAGAAAACGUUGUUAGCCAAAUUUGAGGCUGACAAACGAGAGCUGGUUCGUAAAGCUACUUUUGUGUUUUCGCCCGAACUUUAUUCUCACGGUGAUGUUGAAUAGACUACAGCGUGUUAUUAAUUAGAAGUGCAUAAUGAUGUUAUUUUCUCUGUGAAGUGAGGACAUUGUGUACAACAGCCAGAAAAUAUAGUAGGAUGUUACAAGCACUGUCUAUAUAUUAUGUAGUCAUUGUUAAAGUUAGCUGUACCAGUUGCCUGUUUGUGUUUAUUGAUCGUGCUUUUAUUAAGAUUUAAGCUCCUGAUAGUUUGAAUAGAAUUUAGACCAGUGAAUAAUGGUGCUCUCCUACACUUUAAACAAGGAAGGUGCAGCUAUACAUUUCUAAGUACAGACGAGAUGAAUAAACUCCCAUACAAGGUUUACUCAUUGUGCUUUCUGUGAUGUUUGACCGUAUUCAUUUACAGCUUUGAGAGUGAAAAGACAUUUAAAUUCUCUAAAGCCUCAUGUGUGGAAGUUCUUGUGUAAUUCUUAUUAACGCGACAAUAGAAUAGGGUAGUAUAUAUUUACUCAGGUACAUGCAAGAUUAGAAUUGUACAUUUCAAGGCAACUUCAGUUGGCACCUGUUUGUAAUGUUGAUAUAAACUGUAAAGAUCUGUAGUCUCAGGAAGAUGCCUUACUGGGGUUUUUUUUUUUUUUCCUCAAAUAUAAAGGGAAGAAUAAUAAACAUUGCCCAUCUUCUCAGUGGGUUUAGAGAAUCAAUGUUCUUUUCUUGCGUUCUUUAUAGAUCAUGAGGAUUUCUCCCCUUUUCUAAUGUCUGCCAGCUUUCUCCAGCCACGUUGUGUGCGUUCUGUACCUGCAUUUUCUCUUCACACUAAGUUAUAAAGAUGAACGUAGUUAUAUGUAAAAUAAUAAGAGUAUCUUUGUUGCAUUGCUGUCACAUUAAUUGACCAAACUUCCACUCUCCCCAUAGAACAGUAUAGGAUGAUGGUGCAAUAAGUCUUCACCAAUGUUCUAAUUGCUGUUGUUGGUGCUGGUUCUAUUGCUUAAUGAAGUGUUUCUAAU